AUGACAUAUAACAAAAGUGUUUCUUACCCAUGCGAUGCAAAUCUAAACGGAUGGUACAGAUUCACUGGAGAGGCUGGAACGCAAAUGGCUGAUUCUUGUGUCAACAUGUAUCAUUGCGGGACCGAGUCACCUGGAUGGCUAAACGGAACUCAUCCCGACUUAAAUGAUGGGGCCGUUAAACGCCAAGUGUGUUUUAGCUCUUUUGACAACUGUUGCCAUGAUUCAAAUGAAAUAACUGUACAACAUUGUGGAGCAUUUUACGUUUACAAACUUGGAGGACAAUCCCUUGGCAAUCUGCGUUACUGUGGAAACGGAUCGCCAUACGCACGAGGUAUUAACAAAAAUAAAACAACAAUCGUUUUAUUUCAUUGUUUGACAGGCGUAUUUUCAUGCAUUUUCCAGAAAAUUUUCAAAAAUUCAUGCCUUCUUUUCAAUGAAAUUUCAUUUUCUAGCAAAAUAAGAAUUAAACACUAAGCAGUUUUGAAGAAAAUAAUAUAGAAGCAACUAUGGCUCAUAAAGUAGUAACUGACGCUGAACAAGUAGACAAGAAUUUGACAGAUUGUACUACACGGAGUUUUCCUUUCUUUCAUAGAAUGCUACAAUUACAAAGUUCUUAACGAGACCAGCAGAUCGAAAACAUAUCAUGGAUCUUAUCAUUAUCAAGGUGAUCGUAUGCUGUCGACCGGCUGGUACAGAUUUAGUGGAGCAGCUGGAAAUCAAAUGGCAGAGUCUUGUGUUGAUAGGUAUCGUUGUGACACAUAUUACCCAGGUUGGCUCAAUGGAAGUCACCCUACAGUAAACGAGGCGGUUGUUCAAAGAAGAGUGUGUUUCGGUUUUCACGGUCACUGCUGUAUCUAUUCGACUUACAUCAGAGUCCGUAACUGUAGAGACUUCUACGUUUACCAGCUAAAGCCCUUAACUGUAUGGUACUUACAUUACUGUGGCAACGGAUAUGUAUCAUCGACACCAACGACGCCAGGUACCACGUUUUCCUUCUUUUUUUUUUUUUUUUUUUUUUUUUUUUUUUUCAUCCUGAAAAGAACGCAUUAGGCAUUUAUCGAUGAAUCAACUAACGGACACACUGUUUAGCUUCAUAUGGUGAAAAUGAACGCCAUUUUUUCUAGCGUAUUGCCACCCUUACUCCCCACAAAUAAACCCUCUAAUGAGAGAAUUAAUCAGACAGCCCUUAACGACAACUGUAUGGUUGAAAUAUUGGUUUUCCGUCCUGAAGACUCUAAGUGAGCCUAAAAUGUUCAAUUUACACCCCUAAACGAGGCUUCAAGGGAGGGAUACAGCUUCCUGCACAGGACUAAGAAAUCAGCCCCAGCCCACCUGAUUCCGAAAUUGUCUGCCUAUCUGGAGCUUACUACGAGUUUUUCUUAGUUUUUCCUAUUUGGCACAUUACAAUUGUGCCAAGCAUAGAAUAUACGCUCUUGGCUGAAGCGCUGACGAAAACUGCUAAAAACAUAAUAUAGAGAGGAUAUUACAUGCCCGCCCGGAGAUAUGAAAUUUCUCUUCGAGUGUUGAAAAAUCUUUCACGAGUGAGCGCAGCGAACGAGUGAAAUAUUUUUUUCAACACGAGAAGAGAAAUUUUGUAUCUCCAAGCGACCAUGUAGUGUUCUAUUUAUUAUAUAAACACCAAUGAAAUACCAAACCAUUUUACUUAACUAGUUUUUUGGUCUGAAAGGUGCGGUUUAUUAUGAAGCCGUAGCAGCGGUGAAAUUUUCACAUGUGAAGAUAACUUGUUAUUUUCACAUGUGAAGAUAUCAAGUUUUUGCGCGAAAGCUCAUGAUCACUUGGUAUUUCAUUGGUGUUUAAUUGGUUCGAGGUACGAGAACCCAACCACUAAUUUGUGUUUGUAGCUCGGCGGCCGUUGUGUCACAACUUAAAUCUACCGAGUUGUGUAGCUUGGCAGCCGUUGUGCCACAAAGUAAAUCUACCGAGAUGUGAAGCUCGGCGGCGCCAUAGUUUGAUCAUGACUUGUGAUAUUUUCGGAACCGCACAAACGAACACUUUAACUCUAUGUUAUUUAUUACGAAAAACUUAUAAACCAGCCCACAGUAGCGCCACUCUCGAGUUACUGAAAUCAACACGCUCGACCAAAUUACUGGAAAAGUUAUUGACGUGAGCCGGACACACAUUCCAUUGAAGGCCCUGACAGGGUUAGUGCGAAGUUUGAAUUCAGAUGUGAAAGCUUUUAAAACAGUGAAUUCAAUUUAAUUCACUCGACGAUAAAAUUCAUAUCCCCAAGCGGCCAUGUAAAUGUUCCGUUUAUUUUACCGAUACUGAUUUUUUCGAUUAGUGAUUUCUUUAGAAUCCCAUACUCGAUUUUUCCAGAAUCCCAAGGAGUUGUAUCGGUGUCGGUCACAAACUAUAAUAUAGAACCCUCGAUUUUUCAAACUUCGCGAUAUUUCGAACUAAUUCUCAUCACCAGAAAUUCAGGUCACCGUGGACUCACCUAUCAAAUUUCUAUAUUUAUUAUUUCAUUCAUUUAUUUAUAAUCACUUUCCCCUUUAUGGUGACCAACACAUAAAAGAGCAAGGCUUCAAUUUAAGUGUGUCCUUACAGAUAACCCACCCAACCCAAAAGAGGCUGACUACACCACCCGGGUCUACAUCGGCCUACUCUUUUCGAAGAGUGGUGUGAAUUCUUUCAGAUUUUACGUGGGACGGGACCAACGGUUUUUCGUCCUUAUGAACUGUCAAAUAACACAUGUAAAGCGGCCAUGUAAAUGUUCUGUUUAUUCUACCGAUACUGAUGAAAUUCCUACAUAAAACACAACUGUUUUUUUAUUUAUUUUCGAAACAGCAAAAUAGUGCAAUUAAAGUGGUCACCUAUCGCAAAACGCCUGUUGCAAAAAUGUUAUGAAGCUCGGAUAUAAAGUUAUAAAGGAGAAAUAAAGACAAUAAUACUAAUAUAUUCCUGUUCCAAAAAGUCAAAAUUCUGAUGAAGAAGAGAAACAUUUUGGCUAAUAAUGUUAGUAACCACGGCGACACCAAUAUCCUCACAAGUGAAAGAUGAAAAUAGUAUCUUCACUGAGCUCGAUGAAGAUAUGAUUUUUUAGUAAAAGGAAAAAUCCUGGUAUUUCAUCAGUAUCUAUAUAAUAAAAAGUAAUAUCUUCAUCCCACAAAAAACUAAAAUAUAGUUUGUCCCGCGCAGGUAACAAUUCAGUGACUGUUUCAAGCUUGCUGAGGACAUGCCAUCACUAUCGGUUGGCCAAUAAAUGUUGUUUAAUGGAUUCGUAUAGAAAUACAUGUUAAUCCCACGUUUCUGGAGAGACACUAAUUUCUUUGUUUUUGUUUGUAUAUUAAUUAUUGGUUCAUCAGAGUUACCACACACAUCCACCAAAAAAGUACCACCUGCAAGUAAGUAUCCUAUGAAAAUUAAAGUAGAACAGUGGUAAAUUUCUGAUUCUACUUCAAUUUAGAGUUCGCUUAAAAACAAAAAAAUUGGUUUCUCCCAGCAGGCGCACCGAGCACCACAGACGCAGAAAAAACACCCAAAAGUAAGUUUUUUAGGAGGCUCAGAUCACAUUACGAGCUUAGAGGAGGUUAAAAACAAUGGAAAAUUAUAAAACCGUGAGCCCUUAAAGGCUACCCUGGCUACAGAGG